AUGCCUUCUUUCCUCUCAGAAUCUCCUCCAGCUACUGCUAGUGGCUCAAAGCCCACUGAAGCCCACUGGAACAACUGGCCAAAUGAGAAAGGAUUUGACCCUGAGUACGAAGAGCGCACUCCAGUCGAGCUCUCAGUGACUGGAGAUAUUCCCGCCUAUGCCGCAGGAACACUCUACCGCACAGGUCCAGGCAAAAGCCAAGUCGAGACUGAAGAUGGGCAACUCUUCAAACUGGCCCACUGGUUUGACGGCUUCAGCCAAACCCACCGGUUCCAAAUCAUUGUUACAAAUGACGACCGUUCAGUCCGAGUCUUGUACAACUCCCGCUUCUCCACUGACGCCUUGAUCGAAAAGGUGCGGAAGGAAGGCUACAUGAUAGGCUUUGGAGAUAAACGCGACCCCUGCAAGGAAGUCUUCAACAAAGUGCAAACCGAAUAUGUUCCACCCAGCAUACCGUCCGAGAGGAACAUCGGUGUCACACUUUCUAUCAACAUGCCAGGCCUCGACAACCCAUCUGAGGAAGAGUCAACUGAGCGCUGGUCUGACUCAAAGGGUAUUCGGACUUUGUAUGCGAAGACCGACUCCAAUGCCUUUAAGAAAUUGGAUCCUGAAACACUUGAGCCUAUUGGUCUAGCUUCGCAAGAGAACCUUCAUCCUGAUCUGGCCGGUCCUAUGUCUGCUUCGCAUCCCCGUUCUGAUCCUUUGACGGGCGAUGUAUUCAACUUCAAUCUCACCCCGGGUCCAGUCUCCAUCUAUCGCGUGUUCCACGUCUCUGCUGCGACGGGCAAAACUUCCAUCUUGGCUACAUUCCCGGGCACGCCCGCCUAUAUCCAUUCUCUUAACAUCACUGAGGACUUCGUCCUUCUGUGUGUCUGGAACUCGCAUGUCAACAUCAAUGAGGUAGGAAAGGGAUCUUUCAAGGACACGAUCAUGCCUACCGAUCCCGCUCAGCCAGCGACAUGGUACGUGGUUGACCGCAAGCACGGAAAGGGCCUGGUUGCGACAUACGAAAGUCCGGCAUUUUUCUGUUUCCACACAAUCAACGCGUUCCAGGAAAAAUCGAAGAAUGAUCCAACCAAGAUCGAUAUAGUUGCUGAUCUUGUGCGCAUGGAUACCUCGGAGUUCUUGGAUCUCGUUCUGUACAAGAAUAUGAAAUCCUCGCUCCCUACUGCAAAGGAAUUCGCCGCGACUAGAACGGAUGAAAUGCGUACUGCUUUCUCUCGAUUUCGUCUUCCUGCUUUGCCGGCGGAACCUAGCAACGAGAUUCUCCAGGCUACACUGGAGUGGUCUUCCGGCAAAGCUUUCUCACCCGAAUUGCCUACUAUGAACCCUAAGCUUAUCACGAAGAAGCAUCGGUAUACGUAUGCGGCGUCUUUCCGGGGAGCAUCGACUUUGACGGAUGGAAUUAUUAAAUUCGACAGUGAGACUCAAGAGACUUGUCUGUGGGCCCAUCACGGCCACUCACCCGGUGAGCCGAUCUUUGUCGCCAACCCGGAUGGUGUGAAUGAAGAUGAUGGCGUCCUUCUCAGUGUAGUCUUGGAUGGCUUCCGGGAGCACAGUUAUCUGCUUUGUCUUGAUGCACGCAACCUGACUGAGCUUGGUCGGGCUAAUAUGAAAGGGGCGGUUGGAUUUGGAUUCCAUGGACAGCACGUUUCGACAGUUGGCAUGCCUACUGGAGAUUAUUGA